AUGGUUUCUUUACGUGUUCAAAUAAUUCAAAAUCAAAUCGCGAAUGAAAAUAAAAUUGACUUCAACGAAAUUUAUCAAAGAAGAACAGAUCAACAGAAUCUUACAAGAACAGAAGAACAGAGAACCAAUAUGAACUCACAAAUCAUCAAGAGAACAGUACUGCUAAGAAAUAGAAAUGCUACAAACCUCCAUGUAAUACGGUCUCUUUCUCAUCAAGUCAUCCCGGACCUAAAAGGCCUAGAUAAAAGAUGGUCCAAAAUGAAAGAAUUAGAUCAAGCAGAUGUUAUAGAUUAUUUAAAUUCCAAAACAAGUGGUGAUUGGCAUCAAUUAACCACACAGGAGAAACAAUCAUUAUAUUAUAUUUAUUAUGGUAAUUGGGGUCCAAGAUCUGAUAAACCUCAAAAGGGUGUAUCUGCUAUUGUUUUACAAGGUCUUUUUGGGGGUGUUUUAACUAUUGCUAUUGGUGUUGGGUUAAUGAAUUAUGCUUUUGAUUAUGAACAAGGUGAAAAAGUUGAUAAUUUAUUGGAAAGAAUUGAAAAAGAGUCAAAAUGA